UGGUUAGCUAAGGUUAGUUAAUUUAACAUGUUGACCAACUUGACCAAUUUCACACUAAAUCAUAACCUUUCAAUUUAAAAUUUAAUGUCUGGAACUAAAGCAAUUUAGAAAAAAAAAUUGUGAAAAUACUAAAUCUCUUUUUUGGGACAUUAUACUCCCAAUUUCGAUUGCAGUGAUAUAAACCGUCAAAAUCUUUUCUGAUCUGCCAAAACAGACGUAACCACCAACCAAAAAUCCAAUCAUUACGUUCAUAAAGUUAUGACUUCUGUAACAUUAUACUAUUUCCCCAGGUGAUUUAAUUAAAAAGUUCCGGAUCGCAUUGUCCCAUUUCAUAGCUAAAAUGUUUAAAAUUAUUUCAAGAAAACUAAGUCCUCAAAACAUUUCCAACCUGAAAUUCAAGUAUGAAACCAGAAACCGAGUAUGCAGCAGAUUUUACAGCAACAGUAAUCGCAAUUUAUGUCCCCCACCUAAGAAAAGACAAAAACCAGCUACCGGAACUCUUUAUACCAUAGGUGCUGUUGCUUUAAUAGGUGGUGCUACCUUAACAUAUGCAAAGUAUAAUGAUGAAUUCAGAGAUGCUCUAGUAUGCAGUGCCCCAUUUUUAGACGAUAUCUUAAAAGUAAUUUAUUUAGAAGAAGAACUGGGUGAAGCAAUGGGAAAGGCAUAUCGAAGUGUAAAGCAAAGUGUAGUCAGUGCAAUAGCUGGCAAAAAAGAGAAACCUGCAGCUGAAAUAAGUGAGAAACAGGAAUUCAAACCUCCUCCAACUAUAUUACCACGAUUGGAAGAAGGUAAAAUUCCAGAUGAUAACUUCCAGGAACUCAGGAUUGAGAAGCAAACUGAUGAAGGUGAAACUGAAGUAGAGAUUGCGGGUGUUGUUAAACCAAAGCUAGAAGAUUUACCUGAAACUGACGCUAGAAAUUUACGUCAAUUAGAGCAAGAUUUGACAGAAUCUUGUGCAGAUGCAGUGAAUUCAUAUAAUAAAGCUUUGUAUAACUUAAAGAAAUUCAACAUGGAAGUUGAAUGUCUAGUUGAAGAAUCUAUUGAUAAAAUUACUGUUGAUACUUGGUCAUCCAUCAAAACAAAGGCCCGAGAAAAAGAUAAGUCAUUGAAAGAAGCUCAAGAAAAGGCAGAUCAAGCAAUAGCUAAAGCGAACAAAUUGGAGAAAUUAGUUCAAGAACCAGAAUUUGAAGCUAGGGAUGUCAGCAGGGAAAUUCUCAUGACCAAUAUCAAACAAAUCAAGAAAAACAUAGAAGAUUCCAAGAAGGGAUUAUACAAAGAAUCGAAAAUGGGAAGUGUGGCUUAUAAAUAUUGGGAACAAGUACAGAAAGCCAGACAACAUUUCAGCGAAGAAUUAGAAUCUUUGUUUCCUACAGUUGACUUGCAUAGUAGGGAAUUAAAGAUAGCUGGUGAAGACUUGGAUUUGUUCUUGAUGCAUGCCUACUCUCAUGUUCUCUAUUACCAGAAGGAGUUGGCUAAGGCAGAAACUUUAGCCCAGGAUAAGCUUCAGAGGGCUGUGGAAUCUGCACAAAAAGGUGGGGGAGAAGCCCUUACUACAGCUCAGAUUUGUGAAGCUCUAGAGCAAGAAAAAAGAAAAAUAACUUUAUGUUAUCAGAAACAAUGCUUAAAAUUAAGAAAAGAAUCAGAAUGUUACCUGAGGGAACAAUUGAAGCGUCAAUCUCAAGCUUUCGCUGAUCAUUUAGAAGAAGCCUUGCUGCAGAAAGAGAAAGAAAUGGACCGAAACUUGGCUCGAAAAUUCGAUGAGAAACUUGAAGAAGAAAAAUGUAGAUUUAAGAUGCAACUUGCUGCCAUGAUUGGAAGACUGAGAGGAUUAGAUCGUACAAUGAAAAUUCGAGAAAUGGCUGAUGAAGAAGCAAAAAAAUCCCAAGUUUUAUGGGCAGCUUGCCAAGCUCUGUUGAGAGCAUUAAGAACAGCUUGUCCAGGGUUACCUUGGCAAACGCAACUCAGACCCCUUACACCUGAAUUGAAUGCUGUGGAAAAGUCAGCAGCCGAUCAAGAUGAACUGGUGAAAGCAGUAUUGCAAGCAAUUCCUUUCGAAGCUAGAGAAAGGGGCAUUUUUCCAGAAGAUGCUCUAAGGGAGCGUUUUCUCAAGGUAGAAAAAGUCUGUCGUAUGUUAGCACUAGUGCCUGCUGAAGGUGCUGCAUUACCCAUCUAUAUCUUGUCCUACAUUCAGUCCCUUCUUCUAUUGAAAGCACCUAGUCCCAUACCUCAGGCUGAAUUAAACAAUGAGGAGACCAAUUUUUCGGAGUUGUCAACUAAUGAUAUCCUGCAGAGAGCUAGGUAUUGGUUGGAUAGAGGCAACUUCCUGCAAACAUUGAAGUAUAUGAAUCUUCUGCAAGGUGCUUCACGUAGCGUAGCACGACAAUGGAUGAAUGAAGCUAGAAUUUUGCUGGAAACUCAACAGGCCGCCAAUACUUUGAUGGCUCAUGCCGCAUCCAGUGGUCUAAUGUAUUUGUAGAUUGAGUGUAUAAAUUUUACAUUAAAUAAUUGGCAAUUGAAAUAUUUUCGUGCAUCCCAAGAUCAUAUUUAUUGUAAUUGUACUUUCAUAAAUUUACACUAUUGAUA